AAGAAAACUUUCCAACUUUUCCUGAGAAUUUUUUUUUUUUAAAUCUUCAAAAUUCAGAAUGAGAUUUCUCUAUUUAUUUCAGAAUCCCGAAGCCUAUCUUCCCGUCCAAGCACCACCCUUCUCUCUCCUAAAGCCUUGCUUCCCAAACCAACCGCCGCCGAUCAAGUCCCACGCGCCGCCUCCUCGCCUCCGUCCACUCACAUUCUUUCUCACUCCUCCCGAGAUUCUCUCUCUCCCCUCCCCACACUUUUUUUCUCACUCACUCCCCCAGAUCCACAUUCCCUCUCUCUCACUCCAACCUUUUCUUUUCAACUCUACAUCUCUUCUUUCUACUCCACAACGCACUUCGUCAACGCUACAUUAAUCGACCGUCACCGUAUUAAACCACACUAGAUCUGCGAGUUUUUCAAAAAUCAUUCUCGUGUUCAGCUCUCAAUCUUUGCAAUGGCGAGAAUCCUCCACAACCUGUUCACAAUCGUUCUCUUAUCGCUUCUCUCUGUACGACUAUCCCUAUCCUCGGAUCCACCGCUAACCGCUCCGUCGCCGGCGCCGGCGCCGGAACACGGCGCCGACUCGCUCUCUGCGCCGGAGUACAAUUCUCCUCCAGCGCCUCCGCCCGAUGAUCUUGAAGAAUUCCCGGCGGAUUCACCGUCGACGGGGUCGCCUUCUCCGUCUCCGUCUUCGUCUCCCUCUCCGUCUCCGUCUCCGCUGGCCGAGUCGCCGUCGCCGGUGUACAAGGGGGAGAUGAGUGCGGAUGCGGAGGCGGAGGCGGAGGAGGAGGGGGAGAAGGGGGAGGGAUCAGGCGGAACGAAGGGCGGAAAGAAGGCGGGGAUAGUGUUCGGAGUGGUGGCGGCGGCAUGUGUCGUCGGAUUCGGAGGGGUGGUGUAUAAGAAGCGGCAGCAGAAUAUCAGGCGGGCUCAGUACGGGUACGCGGCGCGGAGUGAUUUUCUCUAGAUAUAGAUACGUUUUAUCAUAUCUCCAUCUCACGAGAAUGCUACGAAAUACGAACACGAUUUUGCAAUAUAGACUCGAGGCAUAACUAUAUUCAGAAUCGUUGAAUAGAUACGCGAUCAAAUAUACCGAACGGUCAUGGACGCAAUUGUGUCUGGAGUUUAUUUCAAAAUUGUGUUUUUAGAUUAUCAUUUUUACGAGUUAAAUGUGGACUAUUCUCUACUACUAUAUUGAUCUAUUGUAUUUGGUCCGUUGAUUUUUUGGAUUCUUUAUGGGUAAUAAUAAAUUUCGAUGAUUUUGUUAUUUAA